CCCGCACUCACCACCGAGGACGCGAAGGAGCAUAUCCCGCAGCCAUGGGCAGGAGGAAGAUCGAGAUUCAGCCGAUCCUGCACGAAAGGAACAGAAGCGUGACGUUUCUGAAGCGCAAGAAUGGGCUAUUCAAGAAGGCGUACGAGCUCGGCGUGCUCUGUAGCGUAGACAUUGCUGUCAUCGUCUUUGAGGAGAGACCAGGUCAUCACACCAAGCUAUACCAAUACGGUUCGAGAGAUGUCAGCGAGAUUGUGCAGAGACAUCUGAACUUUGACGGGGAUAAGGACACGAAAGGUCCAGGCGACUUCACGGGCGCAAAUACAUCGGCAGCGGCAAACGAUGAAGAGGAUGAAGAAGACGAGGAGGCCCCCGAUGGGACCAAUCCUCGAAAGCGACCACGUAUUGCUGGGCCUACUAACAUUGCCCCCAGUCCUGGGAGGGCUUCAGGAGCGCGUACACCUUCUAAUGAGGUAGCAUCAUCUCGUGCGCCAGGGAGCAAUACCCCCGCUCUAGAGAGCUCGGCAAACACCAGCCUUCCGCCUGUACCACCGGCUACUAAUGUCGAUUACAUGCAACCGCCGGCAUACCGCCAGCAAGGUCCGCCACUUCAUCUCAGUGGUUCCAUGUACCCGCCGCCGCAAAUGUCAAACAUGGCGCCCACCUUGUCUUCGCUACCUGUGUCCUCGGACCGGCACCUUCCCGCUCCUGGCUUCCUCAACCAGAGCGGCGGCGGCAGCUCCAAGAAUGUCAGGCCGCCUAGCGCAUACGAAAGCAGUGGAAACAUUGGUCAACGGGCCGUGACCAUGGACCAUCCUCCGACUGCUACAAGCUCGCGCUCUGGUGCCACAAACACGGAUGCCAAUACAGGCUUCAUUGCGCGCCCAGGAAGCGGUGCGUCGACAGGGUCCGGCGGUGCCGACUACAACGCGGGAUUCCAUCGAACGUACAGCGCCCCUAUGGGGUACGGAGGCAUGCCUCCAGGCCUGAGCGCGUCUGGCGGACGAUUCAAUUAUGGCGGUCCUGGUCCUGGCCCUGGUAGACGCACCCCACCAUCGUCGACGGGCGGUAUGAGCGGUCCUUCCGGCAUGUCGAACGCUGGCGGCGGCGGAGAUCGAAGUAUGGAUUGGCCUUUGCAUGGUCCUGGAGGUGGCGCCGCAGGAGGAGGUCCCUCUGGUGGACCUCCCGGCGGAGGAGGCGGAGGCGGAGGUGCUGGACAGCCCCCGAACGCUAGCAUGAAUUGGCUAGCCUUCUUGGGAAGCGGGAUGAACGCGAAGCAGGAUGGGAGCUCGAGAUCGUGAUGCGUAUUGCUUGGACUUUGAGGCAUGCCUAUGAGGUUGUCAGCCAUAUCCUUCAUGUCGGUUGAGGAUCGGGUCUUUUGAUUGGGUACAUAUAGAUGAUCUAGUACUCUACUCUUCAGAGGAGAAUGUCAAGCUUGAGAUUGCGGGGCAGAA